CAUGGAUACUAAUUAGACAUGCGUAUGCUUGUGUAGAUCGAUGGAUAUUAUACAUAUAUAAAGAGUUGAUGUCUGCUGUGCUGUUUUGUCAUUCAUUCGCCAUCCAUCAUCUCUCAUCUCGACCGCCUUCGACAGCAUCUAUCCAUCCAUCCAUCCAUCCAUCCAUCCAUCCAUCCAUCCAUCCAUCCAUCCAUCCAUUCAUCCAUCCAACCAACACCACCACCCACUCACACCCACUCACACCCUCCAAAAACCCAAUACCUUCACAAUGAAGACCUCAAUCCUCGCCCUCGCCGCCCUGGCAUCCCUCGGCUCCUCGCAGAGCUUCCCGGACAUCCCAUCAUGCGCUAGCGGCUGCCUCGCCACCACCGUCGCCAUGGACGGCUGCGUCGGCCUCUCAAACUUCGGCUGCCACUGCGACAAGCCCGACCUGAUCCCCAAAUUCCUUCCCUGCGUGCAGGCCGCCUGCAGCGACGAAGACGAACAGCGCACCCUGUCCGCCGUGCGCGGCGCCUGCGCCGACGCCGGCCACCCCAUCGCGGACGACAAGCCGUCCUCUGCCCCGGCACCCAGCUCGGCCGCGCACUCGUCCGCGCCGCCGCCAGCAGCGAGCACUGGGCCACACAGCUCGGCGCCGCACAGCUCGGUGGCGACUACGGCUGCGCCGACGACGGGUGCGGGAUCGGAGCCGACUACCUCUUCUUCGUCGUCGUCGUCUUCGUCUUCUUCGGCGGCGACUACUGGGGCGACGGGUGCGGCUGCUGUGCCGACUGCCAUGGGUGGUUUGGCGGCUGCGGCUUUGGUUGCUGGUGCUGCGGCGCUUUUGUGA